AUGGAAGAAUUCAAAAAGGCUAUGAUGCAAGAGUAUGAAAUGACCGAUCUUGGACUCAUGAGAUAUUUUCUCGGCAUGCAGGUCAAGCAAAGACCUGGACAAAUAUUUAUCUCGCAAGAAAAAUAUGCGGAUGACUUACUGAAGAAGUUCAACAUGCAAGAUUGCAAACCACUUGCCACACCUAUGGCGAUGAACGAGAAGCUUUCAAAAGAUGAUGGGCAAAACAAAGUUGAUGAAAUAAUUUAUAGAAGCCUUGUCGGUUCGCUAAUCUACUUAACCAACUUAAGGCCAGACAUCAUACAUGCAGUUAGCAUCGUGUCUAGAUUCAUGAGUAACCCAAGCAAAGCACACUUUGUAGCAGCCAAGAGAAUCCUAAGAUAUGUCAAAGGCACAAAGGAUUUUGGCAUUUUGUACGAGGUAGAUAGAGACUUUAACUUGACAGGUUAUACAAAUAGCAACUGGGCAAGAAGCACAGAUGAUAGAAAAAGCACAAGUGGAUAUGUGUUUCUUCUAGGCAACAAAGCAAUAUCAUGGGCGUCAAAGAAGCAGAAUACAUGGUUGCAACAAGCGUUGCGUGUGAAGCGACAUGGCUCAGAAAAAUUCUGCAAGACGUACAACAAGACUCCAAGACUCCAACAGUUAUUCAUUGUGAUAAUAUGUCAGCUAUUGCAAUGA